AUGUCAGCCGAUUUGCUAGCCGAUACGGUGAACCGUCUGGAAAUGAGGGAACAUUACGCUUUUCCAGACGACGUUUUUAUCACGGGAGAGAUCGCCAAGACAAUUGGAGCCCACCACAAUUUUCAGCUCUACGAUCAGAAUUGUGGCUGGAAUACUGGACGGCAGAAAAAUAACGAACGUGAUCUUGAAAGGCGAAUGAUUGCUGGUGAACUAAUUUUUGGAAAAUAUCAAUCGUAUGCGCAAAUGGAAAGGAUUUUCGAUGAAUUGACGAUUUUGAGCGGUCACGUCACCGAUCCACCGGACGAUUUACGCGAAUCGAGAAAAGAUGGACCCACUAGAAACGAGUUAUCUCAAUCA